AUGGUUGACUUGGGAUAUGUAACAUACCAAGGCAAGCUGGAUGAGGCAUAUUCAAACACGGUGGUAUACUUUGGGAUACCAUACGCUGAGCCCCCUGUAGGCAACCUGCGCUUCCGCGCCACAGUCCCUCUAAAGACAGAGCAUGUGACUGAAGCAGUCAACAGGGAGGUGGUCGACAUGACUGAGCCCCCUGCCUUUUGUAUCCAAGGAUCACUUUCUGGAAAUGCAGGAGGAGCGGGAUUGGAGGACUGCUUGAAUGUCAAUAUCUACACACCCCUUGGUGCCAAAGAAGGCGACAACUUGCCUGUGCUGUUCAAUAUCCAUGGUGGAGGUUGGGUUGAGGGAAACCUGACCAACUGGCCAUUUGAUCACUGGAUCGAACAAAGCCUGAAUGUGAUUAUUGUGUCUGUUUAUUACCGUUUUGGUUCCUUCAGCUUCCUGGCCACUCCUGAGUUCACUGACCCCACAUACUGGCAACUUUAA